UGAAUCCUCUUAGAGCUCCCUAGCCCAGCUGUGAGUGUGUGUAUGAGAGAGGGAGAGAGAAAGAGAGGUUCCUGGUGCCCCUCCAAGCGCAUUAAGGACACUCGGGCCUUUUAAUUUUAGGAAUGAAUGCUGAUACUUGUGUUUCUUAUUGUGAUCCGGCUGCCAUGGAUUCCUACUACAACGCAGCCUCCCAGGGCACAGAAGGCUCCUCGCCUUUUAGGGCGUUUCAAGCAAGUGACAAGUUCAGCCCGGCUUUCCUGGCCAGCAAAGGACAAGGCUUUGGUGACAGCAGCACGAAGUGCCGGAGCCGCUACAGCCAGCAGGAAUGUCAGUCCCUGGAUGGCAACGCGCAGGCUGCGGGCUCGGCUGGGGCUCCGGCCUCCUUUAACAAAUACCCCCCGCAGCAGCAGCAGCAACCCCCCCACCUCUACAUGCAGCGAGGUCCCUGCAAAACCCCCCCGGAGAGCAACCUCAAACUGCAGGAGAGCAGCGGCCACAACGGAGCUUUGCAGGUCUCCUGUUACGGUAAGGAGAGCAGCUUGGGAGAAGCCGACUUGCAGCCGAGCUCUGACCCUUCGGGAAUGGACAGCAGCUACCUCAGCGUGAAGGAGGCCGGGGUGAAAGUGUCCCAAGACAGGGCCAGCACGGACCUCCCCAGCCCCAUGGACAAGGCCGACUCAGAGAGCAACAAGGGCAAAAAGCGGAGGAACCGCACCACCUUCACUAGUUACCAGCUGGAGGAGCUGGAGAAGGUCUUCCAGAAGACCCACUACCCCGACGUCUAUGCCAGGGAGCAGCUAGCCAUGAGGACAGACCUCACCGAGGCUCGUGUACAGGUGUGGUUUCAGAACCGGCGAGCAAAAUGGCGCAAGCGGGAGAGGUUCGGGCAGAUGCAGCAGGUCCGCACCCACUUCUCCACCGCCUACGAGCUGCCUCUGCUCACCCGUGCUGAGAACUACGCCCAGAUCCAGAACCCCUCCUGGAUCGGCAACAACGGAGCUGCCUCCCCCGUGCCCGCCUGCGUCGUGCCCUGCGAGACGGUGCCCUCCUGCAUGUCCCCCCAUGCUCAUCCCCACGCGGCCGGCGGCGUCUCCGAGUUCCUCGGCGUCUCCGGCCCCGGCAGCCACGUGGGACAGACUCACAUGGGCGGCCUCUUCAGCACGGCCGGGAUGAGCCCCGGCCUCAACGGCUACGAGCUGAACAGCGAGCCGGACCGCAAGACCUCCAGCAUCGCUGCCCUGAGGAUGAAAGCGAAGGAGCACAGCGCCGCGAUCUCCUGGGCGACAUGACAGGGUUGCAGCCCCGCGCCCACGAGACACGGAGAAGAGCACAUGGGGACAGCCGAAUAAAUCCAUCCGCUUGGACUCCAGACAGCAGUUGCCUCCUCGGGGAUCUGAAUGCAGCACUUUUAGCUACCCUAGGCAUAUAAAGUACAUAUGUUAACGUAAGUGGAGCGUUUCCAGCAUGAACACGGCAGCUCCUGGCUUCCUGGGAUCAGGCAGGGAGAGGGAGGCUGUGGAGCAGCACCUCUUCCAGUGAGAACUGGGUUGGGAGGAUGCGGCCCCUCUCACCGCCACCUCCCCAGUAACCUGGGCAUUUUUUUCUCCCUGCUCCUUUUUCUGACACCAGAUCUGCCUUUCCAAAGAGCAAGAGCCCGCUGGCAUUUCAGUGGCUUCUCCCAUCCCGCCACCCCCCUCCCAUACACACACAUACUGCUUCCCCUCCUGAUUUGCCGACAGUGUUGCUCAGAUCCGUUCUGCCCCGGGGCAGGGGACUGGAUGGGGACUCUGGCACCAGCAAAGAGGCACCUCUCAGGCUGCUCCCAUCCUCUUAGCGGGAGCCACAACUUCCCACAGCUGAGCGGGGAACGCAGCUGGGAAGAUCCCCGAGGCUAGAAAGAAGGCAGCGUUAGCCCACCUCCUUCCACCCUGCUCCCUCUCCAGCUUGCAGUCCGAGAUGAAGCACAGAGCCGCAGAGGCCUCCUGCGGAGGGGAUGCCUCUCUUCCCAACACGGCACGGGGCUACCACACUGGGAGCCUUUGCCAGCCCUCUGGUCGCCUGGCACCAGAUGGAUGCACCCCGGCAGACGACAGCUUGCCGGCACGGCCCGCUGCCCCGGGGCGCGCCUGGGGUUUGCUCUGCCACGGUUGUGGUCGAUGUCGAGGCUCAUGUGCGUGGUGGGGCAGCCACACGUUUUCCUCUGGCUUUCCCUGGGUUGGGAAUUACUAUCCUCAAUUUAAGAGACAGCAGCCGUGGGAGGGGAGUUAAGAGUUGCUGUGUGAAGCCGCGGCUCCCCAAAGAGACUGCUCUGAGGCACAGCUCCAGCGUUAGCACGCAGAGGUUGCGUGAGGCCACGGGAUCCCUCAGUACACCUUGGCCUGGGGUCCGAUACGGGCAAUGACAGCCCCUCCCCGCAGCCCUGCUGCACGCAGCCGCUGUGGGCACCUCUGGGCAGGGGACGGCACAGGGAACAGGCUGGGAAGGGACCCAAGGCUGGACCAGACAACUCUGCCCCAUCCCCAGCCGCCCCAGAUCCUCCUCGCCUCGCAGGGGAAGCAGGAGAUGCCUGGUUUGUCCGAGGCAACGUGCCCCCCCCCCCCCCCCCCCCCCCGCUCCGCUUUUCCCUCCCAGUGCUCUUUACCUGCACAGCGCUAGCGGUUCAGUAAGAUCUCCCUUGCAAGGCUAAAUCCCUGAGAAGCUCUUCCACAAUCUGGUAGUGCUAGGAAUAAUUUUGGAACGUCCUUUUGCACCACUGAAUUAUCACCAGGGGGAAGCUGAAGGCCAGCUGAGCAUCACCACCCACGCUGCGCGGCAAUGCAGGCCGAGCUUGAGCCGGGGCAGCCAUCUCUGAGAUUCGAAAGGGAACUGCACGAUUUUACUCCCAUGAAAAUUCGCGUGUCACCCUGCCCUCCCUCCUUACGCUCAGUGUUAGGGGAUCUUGUAGUUCAAGGUCCAGGAAUAUUUAGUGGUCUUGGAAAAGGCUCCAAAUAAGCUACAA